CCUCCGUAGUAACUCUAAGCAGCUACCAAACGAUCCCUUACAAAUAAUAUACCCAACACGACCCGCCACGGUCGGACCCUCCCUUCAUUUAGGGUUUUAAGAUUAGUUUCAACCUCAACCUUUGCUUUGCACAAGUCUGUUUUACUGCUUGUUUUCAGUUGAAUAGUGCUUCCUAUGAGUAGCUGCGGUUGAAAAGAAUUAAUCUUUAUCACCUCCAGAACUUUAGAAAGGUUACACGUUUUGCUUGUCUUGGUUCUUCUCUUUCAUUUCAGUCCCUUUUUGUACAUUUCUCUCUUCAAGAUACUGAGAAAUGUACUAACCCUUUUAGCUUUUCUUGAUUUUUCUAGUAGGUAAAAAAUGUCGGCGGUGGCUCAACUUCGCUACUCUUCACUUCCAGGCCACUAUCAGAAUCAAAGUCGUUACUUUGCUGGUGCCAAACCCCAAUUUUCGGACAACAGUUUCGCAAAAAAUCUCUACUUUAACCCUUUAAGAACCAACCAUGUAGGUUCUAAACAAUGGGGUUCGUAUUUGGUUAUCAAGAAUCAAAUUCCUUGUGCUGGGGGUGGUGAUGGAGGCAGCAUUGGGACGGGACGAGGCGGUGGUGGGGGUGAUGGGGAUUCCGAUGAUUCGAGAUCUUCGUGGGAUAGUUUUGGACCAAUUGGUGCUUUUGUCAAUGGUUGGAGAUCAAGGGUUACGGCGGAUCCACAGUUCCCUUUUAAGGUUCUUAUGGAGGAAUUGGUUGGUGUCACUUCUGCUGUCAUUGGAGACAUGGCGUCUCGUCCUAACUUUGGCCUUAAUGAAUUGGAUUUCGUGUUCUCAACGCUUGUCGUUGGUUCCAUUUUGAAUUUUGUGUUGAUGUAUAUAUUGGCACCAACAGCAGCAUCUGUUUCUAGUCGAGCUCUGCCUUCGAUUUUCGCCAGUUGCCCACCGAGCCACAUGUUUGAGCCUGGCGCUUACAGUUUGUUGAGUCGGGUUGGGACGUUGGUUUACAAAGGGGCGCUGUUUGCUGCAGUUGGGUUUGCUGCUGGACUUGUUGGAACUGCAAUUUCUAAUGGUUUAAUCAAGAUAAGGAAGAAGUUGGAUCCAAAUUUCGAAACGCCAAAUAAGCCUCCCCCAACACUGCUAAAUGCUGCAACUUGGGCUACUCAUAUGGGUGUCAGCAGUAAUUUAAGAUACCAAACACUUAAUGGUGUUGAGUUCUUGCUAGACAAAGCUCUUCCACCCGUGGUUUUUAAAACGUCCGUUGUAGUUUUGAGAUGCGUGAAUAAUGUCCUCGGCGGAAUGACAUUUGUCAUGUUGGCAAGGCUGACGGGUUCUCAGAGUGUAGAUAAAGGGGAGGUGGCUACUGUGGAAGAUGGAGUAAAGGCAGAGAAAGAGAGGUUGCUGAAUCAAAGUGACCCUGGUGAUUCUGUUUCAAAGUGAAUUGGCUUUGUGUGUAUCAAUAUCUACGAAUCCCCCGAUUCAGCUUAGUCAGUUUUUUCCCCUCUUACUAUGAAUUAUGAUCAUAAAUAAAAGGAAUUUUGUGUUCUUUAGACCAAGAACAAGAAACAGUUAGGACUUCAUGUACUUCAGGGAGUUUUGAGUGUGUCUAUCCUGUCUAGCUUUCGUGUUUCCAGAGAUGAUAGAACAGUUAUUUGUUGAUAUUGACCAUGUCCAUUUGUAUGGCAUGGUAAACAUGACAUUCAUGCUUAUGUUCUUGUAACUGGCAUUUUGCCCAAAUCAUGUAAAGGAAGUAGCACUGUUUUCCGUCCUGCA